AGGCAAACAAAUCCAAACGCCAAGACUCACGAGAUGACAACACGGCACGAAUUCGGAGGGUUUCCUGCUCCGUCAACCAGGAUGCCUUUCAUUGUAUCAUCCAGUGUUGACAAAGUCGAUCCAGCUACCCGGAAGCUUAUCAGAAGUCAUGUGAUGCGAGGGAAAAAGAAGAGAAAACGAUACCCCGAAAAGGUUUCACACGGUUCGAAAGUGGGUGAGCUUACCAGCUGCACUCAGGUUGAACGAAUCAACCUGGAUGAGGUGAUCCAGAUGUACACGCCACAAAUACCCACCCGCAUUGGUGGGGAUCUCUCUUUUAUCGACUUUGCCGAAGGCAUCGAGCUCUCUAUGCUUCUAAAUAUCACAAAAGUGUCAACAGUGGCGACCAAGGUCAUCUUCCCUCUCCUCGCCGCCAUUGGCUUCCAGGCAGAAAACAAGGAGUGGCUGUACCUCGUUGGAAAAGAUGCAGCAGCCUUGCAUAUCACAGCAUUCGCAGUGGAGAUAUUCAUCGACAGGGUCUUGCGUCGCUGGGAAGACAGCACCAAUCCGACGGCGAUCCUGCAUCUCCACAAAGGGUUGAGGCUUCUCCGUGAGAGGCUAGUGGGAGAAGACGACGAGCCGAAAAUUUCAGACUCUACGAUCGGAGUGGUGUUGAAACUGGCUAGUGCGGCACACUUCAAUGGAGAUUAUGAGGCCUCUAAGCAACACAUGGAUGGUCUGCGAAAGAUGGUGGAUUUGAGGGGAGGUCUGGAUGUCUUUAACGGCACACGACUUCUGUUGGAGAUGCUGAGAUAUGAUCUCGAUAUUGCAUUACUCAACGGUUCAGACCCUGUCUUCUACUGUCUGCCGUCAGAAAAAUUGCCUGACUAUCCCGCUAAGCUCAUGCCUACCUCGAACGAUAGUCUGAAUCUCCAGAAUAGUUCCGAAUUCCUUCAAAACCUGGACAGCGAACUGGCGACAGCAUGGCGAGCUAUGAGAAGAUUCUGCCUGCUGGUAAAUCUCGGGGCACAAACUCGGCGGCUGAUGCGUCCAGAUCUCAUCCGCGAAUCCAUGACUGCAGUGACGUAUCGCCUACUUCGCAUGAAACUUGCCAGUGGGUCAAUGGAUGAAGCGAUACGGCACGGCUUAUUGGCCUUUUGCCAUCACGUCUUUUUGCAGUGGCAGGAUAUUAAGCUACCAUAUCACUACUUUCCAACAGUCUACCGGGAGUGUAUCCAGUGCCUCAAGGCUGUCGAUGCGGUGUCUCCCCAGCUGAUUCUUUGGCUCUUGAUGGCUGGGGCGAUUUCGGUGUUUGGCGACGAAGAAUGGCUGAAGAAUGAUUUGCGAGAGUACACCGAGAAAUGCGGAGUAAAAAGAUGGAAAGAGAUUCACAGGACACUGAACUCGUUGAUGUGGAUUUCGUUACUAGAUGAGCAGCUUGGGAGGAAUAUCUAUGAUUCGCUUUAUCUGGAUAAAAGCAACGCUGGAAACCAUGGAGCUAUUAUUCUAUCCUAG